AUGGCGACCAAGAUGUGCUGUACGGCGGAGCAAGACCAUCGUUCGGAAUCGCCUGAGCUGCCCAAUGCCCGCCUCAGCCAACUCACACCAGCGAAUCGCCCACUUCUACCCAAAAGUACUGGCUCACCCGGCUCACGCUUUACGAGUGUUCGUUCUGAAGACCUCCACGAGCUUCGAGAAAUCUUCCACAAUGCGCAGGCCUCUGACCAAGAUCGAGCUAUGCCGAUGCGGGCCCUUCGUGCGCGAUUCAGUCGCCCAUCAAUGCAUAGUAUCCGAAGCCUACACAAGAUGACCAGUAUGCGCUCUCUUAUCAGGCGGAAGUUUUCGAAAGAGCUCCCGGAAAACGCUUCAGGUGUGUCAUCAGCGCACAUCCAGCCGAAGCAGAAGAGCAUCACGUCGAUUCCCGACACCGUAGUGAAGCAGCUGAAAGACCCAAACCAGCAGCUUCGAAUCACCAAGCAUGACUUACGCAAGGACCUACUAAGUGACAAGAAGCCCGAUGAGGGUGGAUAUGAUUCAGACGCUGAAGUCCUGGACGACAUCGCAAAGAACAUUGGCAAGAAACCGCUAAGCAAGAGGCCAAGCAUCCGCAGUGUCGACUGGACAACUACCACAGGAAGGCAAGUAGACUCUAUUGUCAUUCUCACACCAUGCUGA